CACUCUGAACGACAGCUUUAUCCGCCAGCUGAGACAAAAAGUCGUCGUUAUAACACGAACAAAGAAAGUUUGUCACAUCUAAGGACUUCUAUCUAUAAAUACUCACGCGAAACGAAUUAUACAUUUAGACAAACACUACCCGGAAUCAUUUAGUGCGACACAGGGGAUUAAUGGCUGCAGUCAACGUACGGAUCUCCUCUCAUUGUUUACAUUUCGAAACGGUAUGUCCGCCGUGUUUUUGAGACUGUCAUUGUUUCAGGGUCAAACUUAAACCCGCAAUGAUGACAAAUAUCGCUAAAUACAUGUGAGAAGAUUCUCCUUGAGACAGUAUCAAGUCGACCAGCGGCGAACUAGCCCUGUGUGCUAACUAUCCCAGCUCCAUCUUUCCUGUGUGGCCCCGUUACUCCAGAGAUGGCAAGUUAGUCUUCACAUUUCGGUUGGCUUCUCCCGCUCGGAUCUCAAGGACAACCAAAUGACUGAGGAGGUAUAGCGCCAGGUGAGCCUAAAGGCUUGACAAAAUCUUCAGCUGAGGAAUACCGCAGGGUGCACCAUGUUUAGUGUACCUCAAAGCUCCAAGUCCGAGUUCCUGGACAAAGCCAGGCAGGCCAGGGAGGAGAGGAAAGGGCAGAAGGACAGGGAGAAAGCAUCAAUCCACAUCCAAGCCCUGGUCAGAGGAUUCCUCUGUCGUUGCAGACUCCAGAAGCAAUUACGGAAAGAGGUUGAUGACUAUUUUCAAGCUUCUGAAACUGGGACAUCAAAAAGAAAUGCACUUUCAAUUUUCAAAAUUGCACGGAAAUUACUAUUUGUUUAUCACCAAGAGGACAAGAUGAGGUUUGAGAAGCUCUGUCGUGCAAUCCUUGCCAGCAUGGAGGUUGAAAAUGAAUCUAAAGUCUGGUAUGUUUCCUUGGCUCUCUCCAAAGACCUCACAAUUCCCUGGCUCAAACAGAUAAAAGACGUGCUGUGGACCUGCUGUCAACUGCUGAAAAAUUUAAAGCCUGACAUACUUCAGGACAAUAAAUUGGUAACGCUGUACCUCACCAUGCUGGUGACCUUCACGGACACUUCAACCUGGCGGAUAGUUCGAGGGAAGGGAGAAGCUCUCAGACCCGCUUUGACGAGGAUUUGUGAGAAUAUAAUGGGUCAUCUCAAUCAAAAAGGAUUCUAUUCAGUACUGCAGAUCUUGCUGACCAAUGGCCUGGCUCGUUCUAAACCGUCUCUCUCCAAAGGCACUCUGACCGCUGUCUUCUCUUUGUCAUUACGGCCAGUCAUUGCUGCUCACUUCUCCGAUAACCUACUAAGAUCAUUCCUCCUUCACAUCAUGUCAGUUCCAGCCAUUGUCUCUCACCUCAGUGUGCUUACUCCAGAGUGUAUGGCGUCUAUGCAGACGCAUGACCUGCUGCGAAAGUUCAUUCUGUUUCUCAGCAGAGAAGAACAGUGUUUGGACAUCUGUGUGUGUCUCGAGGGGAGCCACACACUCUGCUUACUUGGCAACCUAAUUCAUUUGGGCUACCUUAAUGAGAAAGUCCUUGAAGAGGAGGCCAACCAUUUUGUGAAAGACCUGACAGACAUGCUGUCUUACUGCCAGAGAUAUGUGUCCCAAAAGAAGUCCAACCUCACCCACUGGCAUCCUGUCCUGGGCUGGUUCUCCCAAACUGUUGACUACGGUCUGAAUGAGUCAAUGCCGCUGGUCACUAAACAGCUUCAGUACCUGUGGGGUGUUGCUGUCAUUCGGACGCUCUUCAAUGACGUCCUCUCGAAAAAACUGGAGAGUCAGGAGCCCACUCCCCCACCCCCGCAGCCCAGCACAUCACAAAACAAUCUACCAGUUAAAAACCUCUUCAAGCGAGCGUUUCAGAAGUCGGCCUCUGUGCGCAACAUCCUAAAACCAGUCGGAGGGAAGCGAGUGGACUCAGCUGAAGUUCAGAAGGUCUGCAGCAUCUGUGUGCUCUAUCAGACUGCUCUGUCUACGUUAACGCAAAUACGACUUCAGAUACUCACUGGUCUGACACAUCUUGAUGAUCUUUUGCCCAAACUCUGGGCCUUCAUCUGUGAGCUCGGUCCGCAGGGAGGCCUCAAACUCUUCAUGGAGUGUCUGAACAAUGACACUGAAGAGUCCAAACAGCUCCUGGCUAUGCUCAUGCUCUUCUGUGACUGCUCACGACACCUCAUCACAAUUCUGGAUGACAUCGAAGUCUAUGAAGAGCAAACGUCUUUUAAGAUAGAGGAGCUCAUCACCAUCUCUUCGUUUCUGAACACAUUUGUGUACAAGAUGAUAUGGGAUGGCAUCUUAGAAAAUGCGAAGGGAGAGAAACUGGAGUUGUUCCACAGCGUUCAUGGCUGGUUAAUGGUGCUCUAUGAGCGCGACUGCAGACGAAGAUUCACCCCCGAUGACCACUGGCUACGCAAGGACCUGAAGCCCAGCCUGUUGUUCCAAGAGCUGGAGAAAGGAAAGAAGAGAGCUCAGCUUUUGCUGCAGUACAUCCCACAUGUCAUUCCACAUAAAAACAGGGUGCUGCUGUUCAGGAACAUCGUUACAAAGGAAAAAGAAAGUUUAGGAUUGAUAGAAACGAGCUCUGCUUCACCACAUGUCACCCAUAUUACCAUUCGGCGCUCACGGAUGUUAGAGGAUGGAUACGACCAGCUCCGCAAAUUACCUGCAAAUUCCAUAAAAGGUGUAAUUCGUGUGAAGUUUGUGAACGAUCUGGGAGUAGACGAGGCUGGUAUUGAUCAAGAUGGUGUGUUCAAAGAGUUUCUAGAGGAGAUUAUAAAGAAAGUGUUCAAUCCUGCUCUCAACCUGUUCAAGACUACAAGUGGAAAUGAAAGGCUAUAUCCUUCACCCACAUCUUACAUCCAUGAGAAUCAUCUGCAGCUGUUUGAGUUUGUGGGGAAGAUGCUCGGGAAAGCCAUAUAUGAGGGCAUCGUUGUGGACGUCCCUUUUGCCUCGUUCUUCCUCAGUCAAGUGUUGGGCCACCACCACAGCACUUUCUACAGCUCCAUUGACGAGCUGCCCUCGCUGGACUCUGAGUUUUACAAGAACCUCACUUCAAUCAAGCGCUAUGAUGGAGAUGUCGGGGAUCUAGGACUGACUUUAUCCUAUGAUGAGGAUGUUAUGGGGCAGCUUGUUUGUCAUGAAUUGAUACCUGGGGGGAAAACGAUGCCAGUCACCAACGAGAACAAGAUCAGCUACAUUCACCUCAUGGCUCACUUUCGGAUGCACACGCAGAUUAAAGAGCAGACGGCAGCUUUCAUUCGGGGCUUCCGCAGCAUCAUUAACCCAGAGUGGCUGCACAUGUUUUCCACGCCUGAGGUUCAGCGUCUUGUCUCGGGAGACAAUGCUGAGAUUGAUCUGGAUGACCUAAAGAAGCACACGGUCUAUUAUGGAGGUUUUCACAGCAGCCAUCGUGUCAUCAUCUGGCUUUGGGACAUCCUGUCCAGUGACUUCACUGCUGAAGAGAGGGCUAUGUUCCUUAAAUUUGUCACCAGCUGCUCCAGGCCGCCACUUUUAGGUUUUGCCUACCUCAAACCACCUUUCUCCAUCCGUUGUGUGGAAGUUUCAGAUGAUCAGGACACCGGAGACACCCUCGGCAGUGUACUUAGGGGCUUUUUCACAAUCCGCAAGAAGGAGCCUGGUGGACGACUUCCCACUUCAUCAACAUGCUUCAACCUGCUCAAGUUGCCCAAUUACAGCAAGAAGAGCAUCUUGCGCGACAAGCUGCGCUACGCUAUCAGUAUGAACACAGGCUUUGAGCUCUCCUAACUCAGUUGCAUCAGGACAAUCUUCACAGGAGGAGUCAUGCUAAGGAGUCUGAGCUGAGUGAGAGGCUCUGCUCACAUGGACAGGAGCCUGUCAACUCAAAGGGGCAUCGCAAAAACAAAAGGGGAAUCAUAAAGGACCUACAAACUCUCCUUUUGUCUUGUUUUAAAACCGGACUAGCUACCACUCCCUCGCAUCAGAGGGAAUGCUGUUUCUGCAGCACAAUCCAAUUUUUAGCAUCUCCCUUUUCCACUCCCAAAAUUCAAUAUGUUGUCGUGAAUUUAACUUGAUGAAAUAUGGAUACACAGUGGCUAGAUCUCUGUUUCUCAGGCUUAACAGAAUCACGCUCGGAUCUAACACUUCUGUUUUAAGCGAACUGGAAAGCAAUACAGAUGCAAUGCAAGCCAUUAGACACGUGGUCGACUCACUUGAGUGAAACCAAGCAUCUUUAAUACACUUACGAGCUUGGACUCCAUUAUCCAAGCAACUUUGAGGGGAUACUGGAUGAGUCUUAAAAUGUUUUGCUGAACGUGAUGCAUCUUUUAUAGAUGGAAGACAAAUCAAUGUCUUGUGUUCAACCUUUGUGGAGACAGAGUGGCUCACAGCACUGUGUUGAUCACAUUAUGUCUAGAGGAAAAUCAUCUCGACCUCACCACAUGUCUCCCCACUAAAAGAAGCUGCAGUCACCUGAGAGAGACGUUGGCCCUCUGAUUUUUAUCAUUUUAAAAUCUUAACACCUGCUUCAAUUUUUUGAGAAGCACCUGAAUUCCUUGACACAUAAAAAAAAAUCAGACCCUGCUGUUGUUUGAUUUAGAAAAGAUGUCCGUGCUGUAGCAUUUAACUUUUGAGUGAAAAAGAAACUGGAAGUGUCUGGGCACUUCUUGUGUCUGCCCAGUAAAACAGACAAAGCUGUUCAUUGUCACACAUCUGUGCUUCACCUCCACUACAAAAAAUGAGUAAAAUUAAUGAUGAUGUAAGUCUUUGUACUUAAUACUAGUGAAGCUUAAGAUUUCUCACUACACCUUUGAAUAACGCUGAGUGCCUCAUAUAAUGUCGCCCCCUCUAGCUCUCACAUGUCUGACGGUAUUCCAGUAGUAACCAAUAACCACGUAUAUCGGAAAUAAGCCAUAGAAAUGGGGGCUAUGUACUUGGACUUAUUCUCUGCUCUUACUAACGAAAAAGAAACUCAGAAACCCAACCACUCUACUACACCAACAACAACGUCAACCGAGGAGGGUUUCACUGUGAUGCCCUCUGAUCUCUGUGGACUUUUUAAGCCAUGCGGAUAAAGAAUUAGAGGUUUAAAAACCUCUCAACAUGAUGUCAUGGACUGGUUCGUCAACCAAAUGUGACUGUGCUUGAUUUGAUGUUCCCUUGGGUGGAAAUGUUGCACACCUUUCUGCUGUUUGUGGCUGUUGAGGGGGGGGAAGACAUGAGGGUGAAUGUUACCUUAUCAGCCUAAAUAUUACUUUACACAGGGUUAAAUGUCAUUGUAAUGUUAGGGAAGUUUACUGGAAAGAGGACUGCAGCUUUCAAAGAAAAUAUCAAAUCUUUACAAAGUUCUUUAUUAUGCAAAAAAUGUUUUCUUGUCAUGAACGAGUAUGAAUACUUGUUAAUAAGUAACACAAGCUAUAAAACAUACUGGUCAUUAUCGCCAUGUUUCUAACUAGUCUUAUGAUGACCGUUAACUUGUGUGAAAACAACAAAAAAGUGAUUAUAAUUAUAUAUAACACUGAUUGUAUUGAAUUAACUUAAGCAUACUAAUGAGAUUAAACUAUUUUCAGAUCUGACAAAUCAGUCGUGAGGAUCUUGCUCCAGCUCUCCUCCUCUUAAUCUAUUUCAGCAAGAAGUGGAAACACUAUGAAGUGAGUGGAUGCACACGACAUACUAAACUAGUCUGCGACAGAGAUGAAAGAUACCUCACAAGCUUGUCUGUCUCGUGAUGAGGUGGCUCAUCUGUUUUAAAAUGAUGUCAAGAGUAGGCUAGACUUUAAGUGUACCAGUGGACUGCUGAUGCUGACCUUUGGCUAUCUGCUCUUUUAGUACAAAAAGUAAUAAACAUGAUCCUGGAAAUGUUCCCA